CUUCCGUUCACGUGACGCCGCGUUCUGGCGGAAGUGAGGGCAGUGAUGCGUCAAGGCGGACGUCCAGGUUUAUGCUUGGGCGGCAACUGUAGCGGGAGCUGCCAGCCCUUCUCCGGGGGCAGCGGCGGGGAUAAUGGAGGCGGCCACUGUUCCUGAGAGUGGACUGGAGAAAAGCCUGCCCUCGUCAGAAGAUGAGGAUUCUGGCAGUGGCAUCUACACUUGCUUCAUGAAAUCGCAUCGCUGCUACGACCUCAUUCCAACAAGCUCCAAGCUUGUGGUCUUUGACACUUCUCUGCAGGUCAAGAAAGCCUUCUUUGCGCUGGUGACUAAUGGUGUGAGAGCCGCCCCACUCUGGGACAGCAAAACACAAAGCUUUGUAGGAAUGCUCACAAUCACAGAUUUCAUCAACAUCCUGCAUCGCUAUUACAAAUCAGCCAUGGUGCAGAUCUAUGAGCUGGAGGAGCACAAGAUCGAAACAUGGCGAGAAGUCUACCUGCAGGACUCCUUCAAGCCCCUGGUCUGCAUUUCACCUAGUGCCAGCCUGUAUGAUGCAGUCACCUCCUUGAUCCGGAACAAGAUCCAUCGCCUGCCUGUCAUCGACCCUGACUCUGGGAACACGCUGUACAUCCUGACCCACAAGCGCAUCCUCAAGUUCCUCAAGCUGUUUAUUGCAGAGUUUCCCAAGCCAGAAUUCAUGUCCAAAAGCAUCGAGGAGCUGAAGAUUGGCACCUAUGAAAAUAUUGCCAUGGUCCAUACCAACACCCCUGUUUAUGUGGCGCUGGGCAUCUUUGUACAACAGCGGGUUUCUGCGUUGCCUGUGGUGGAUGAGUCAGGCCGGGUUGUAGACAUUUACUCCAAGUUUGAUGUCAUUAACCUGGCAGCAGAGAAAACGUACAACAACCUGGAUGUGACGGUGACCAAGGCAUUGCAGCAUCGCUCACAGUACUUUGAGGGUGUGCUAAAGUGUUACAAGCAUGAGACUCUGGAGACAAUAAUCAACCGGUUGGUGGAGGCCGAGGUUCAUCGGCUGGUUGUGGUGGAUGAAAGCAAUGUGGUGAAAGGCAUCGUGUCCCUCUCGGAUAUCUUGCAGGCCCUGGUCCUGCCUGGCGGUCAGAAGCCCUGACUUGCAGGAGGGCUGAGCCCCCCACUGUGAACCUGAAGCGUGGAGCAGCUAUCCCUUCUGCAUCGCCCUUUUGGCCAACCAGCUGAAGCCCAGAGCAGGCUGUGCAGCCAGCCCAGUCAUCAACCAACCCUUUGUGGGGCUACUUCCCUUGGUAUUUCCCACCUCACCAGGUUGUGUGUCUCCUCCUUCUCUGUUUUGGUUGCAAAGGAGCCUUGAGGCUUGCUUGUUCCCUUGAGCUAGGUGUAUUGAGGGGGCCCCUCCGGCUGCAGGCUCAGGGGAGCUAUACUUGCCACACUUGGAGGGGAAGAAAAGGGAAACAUGCUUCCUAGGACGAGUGCAAAGGAGAUACAGUGGUACCUCUACUUACGAAUUUAAUGCGUUCUGCGCGCACAUUUGUAAGUCGGAAAAAUUUGUAAGUCGAAUCCCAUAGGAAUGCAUUGGGAGAAAAAAUCCGUAAGUAGAGGCAAUCCUAUCAAAAAAUUCGUAAGUAGAAAAAAUCCUAUCUAAACCGCAUCCAAGAUGGUGGACGGAGCUCCAUUUGUAAGUAGAAACAUUCGUAAGUAGAGGUACCACUGUACAUGGGGAAGGGGCCACCUCAAAAGCCCAAACACACACAGACACUCAGGAGGUGAACCUCUGCAGGUGCCUUGUGGGCAGCAUCAGUCAUGGCAACUCUUGAGUGGGCAAACUGUGUGUUUGCAUAACCCCUGUAUCUCUGCUUGCCAUAUGUGCACAGACAGGAAUUGUAGGUGAGAAGUUUCCAUCCUAGUGCCACUUUGUCACUUCCACCAAGCAAUACUCUUUCCCUCUUAGUCUCUGCACAGGUUGGGGGAGGGUUCUGUUUCAGAGUUGCCACCCCCUGCGCUGUCCUCCCAGCAGCAGAACCAAGCCCCAUUCCAUAAGCUCCUGAAUGGCGCAAACGAGACCUUCGCAGGAGCUGAAAACCACUUUCCAGAUCCUUGUGAUGAGCCUGCGGUGGUCAUUGGCUGUCCAGAGUCCCUGAAUUCCUGCUGAUCUGUUUGGGGACAGCCUCAGUAGCUCCUGCUCACCUUGGUCUUGAAUAUAUUGCCUAUCAGUCCUGCCUAUCAACUUAGCAAUGAUAGGACUCUGUAUCCGUGCUCAGGCAGAGAGAAAUGUGGUUGUCCAUAGGCAUAUUCAAGUUCUCCUUUUGAGGCAGAAACAUGAGUGCUUUUGAGAAUCAGCACCUAAUUCUUCCUUACCAAAUCAGAGGCAGUUGCGUAGUCUCUCCACUGCACAAGAGUAUUUUUCUUGCCAUAAAACUCACCUCUUUGCACAUUCCUACAACUGCUCCCCUUGUAAAUUGUACAACAUGUAUUUUUGUAAAGCCACGUUUCUGACGCUCUGUCCACACUCUUCCUGUUUUCUUUUGCUGGGAGGGUGGCAGCACUCGUUCUCCAUGCUCUGCCUCAACUUGGAACUUUUAAAAAUGAUUUCAGGUCCAUGCAGGGGAUCCUUCUGGGGCCCUUCCCUUUGUGCGAUGUCAAUUACUAUUUGUUUUAUUGAGAUUCUGUACUUAAUAAAAAAUUGAGGUAUCCUA